AUGUCGGACAAUGUUGGUCUGUCUACCCCCCGCGGGAGCGGAACCUCCGGCUAUGUUCAAAAGAACCUGGCGCACAUGCGUCCACGCGAUCACGCUGCGCCGUAUCCUAAAAACACCGAUUCCCUACCUCACAAGCAACGGCAACCAGACAAAGGUAUUCUAGAGCAUGACCGCAAGCGCGAGAUCGAGGUCAAGGUGUUCGAGCUCCGCGACAAGCUAGAAGACGACGAGGUGGACGAGGACGAGAUCGAAAAGCAAUGCGAUGCGCUUCGACAAAAGCUUCUCGACGAAAUGAAGUCCGGUAAUGGGUCCAACGGGCCCCGGCGGCAAUUCAAGGGGCAUCAGGUGCAUGCUAUGGCGGAUGCGAAGUUGAAGGAAGAUGAAAGAAUGAGAAGAGCACUCAAAAUAAGCUCAAAUUAUGAAGAAGGGGGUCAUUGGAGGAGGCAAGAACAACGGCUGAAAGAAUCCCUACGGCUGGAAGAAGAGGAUACUAAGGUCAAGACAGAAGACUAG